UCACACUGCUGCGCAGAAGCACUAAAGUAAGGCAAAAAUUAUAAUAAUGAUUUCUCGAUUAUACACGACGGAUAAUUCAACUAAAACGAAGAUUAAGAUGAUGCAAUAUUUAUUAAAAUUACAUUUAGUUCUGAUGUGUCGUUCUUUAAAUCAAAAUAUUUUUUUACAAAAUGGGACGCUCUAGACCUGUGAAGGAAUCUUCUACUAAAACAAGUCCAUCAACAACCAUUGAGACUGCAUCAAAAUUGGAAAAACUCCAAAAAAGUAUAGAAGAACUUCAAAAAGUAAACAGCGACAUGGCUAAAGAAAUUAAGGAAUUAAAAGAAACAUUUUGUGCACAAAACAAAAUAAUUGUAGAUCUAUUGUCUGAAAUGCAUGUCUUAAUAAAAUCAAAUUUAACCUCCACUGCAGUAGCCACAAGAUAUUUGGACAAAUUUCCUCUUAAAUCUAAAUCGGAAAUGGACGAUAUAGAACUAGAAAUUUCUGAUGAAAAUAUGGAAGCUAUGUUAUAAGUGUGAAAUUAAUCAAUAUAAUAUGUUUUGU